CCAACUCUAUUAAGUUUUCAAAGGCAGCAAAAGAAAAAUUUAAUUUACAAAGCUUUACAAAUAUUCUACGAUCACUAAGAACUACAGCUUUAAGUCCUUAGUUUAGAUUUAAAUCCCCAUGGUAACUGAUAAUACUGCAAAUAUUAAAAACAGAUAGUGGAAAUUUGAAAAGUCAGCGUGAAAUUCUGAGUUCAUUAAGACAUGUCCGUCCCUAUGUGUAGGGCAUGUUGUUGGCACUCUUCUGGUCGCAAAAGUGAAAAUAUCGACUUUAAGUUUAGUAGAAACAUUGGAAGUUUUUGCGCGCAGGUUGGUAUUGAAAAUGGACCAAAUUGGUCAGAGCAGAAGCCUGCAGUGAACCGUAAACUGCAAGCAACAUAAUUUAUUUUAACAAGCUACUCGGAAAUUAUAAAAGUUAGAAGAUUGAAAUUUUCGACAUUUAGUUUACAAAACACCCUACUCUUUACGUCCACAAAUGGAAACAGUCGACCAUGUCCACACAAAGUUACAAAUGUAUUUUUAGUAUACGGAGAAAGAUUACGGGACAAAAUUUACGUGCCUAUUAACGGAGCAAGUUGUUUUCGCCGUUUGAAUGGCACACAUCAAGUAGGAUGCACACCCAUUCAAUCUGGCAGCUAUGUGUUCGACUCUUCAAUCAUUGUCGCGAAAGCUUUUUGUUGGUACACAUCUCUUGCUUAUGAGGUGCAUGUGAGAAAAUUGCCGCAGCAAUGAAAGUGAAAAAUAUUUACACAUCCAUCGGCUGCAAUCGCACCGCAGAAAGUGCUGAUUGGGGUCACAAUGGCUUAAUUAUAUACGCCGCGAACAAUGCAAUAGCCCUUUACCAACACAAGUAUUUAGGAAAUUCAGCUAAAAUACUUGAAAUUUACUUAAAACAUACCAAACGAGUAAAUACUGUAAAAUGGCUGCAAACUUACGACAAAACUGAAGAAUACCAUUUUAUAUCUGGUUCUGAUGAUGGUCUGGCUAUAUUUUGGGAUGUUAAGCAGUUAACCGAGCCUUUGGCAUUUGAACUUAAAGGCCAUGAAAGCGGCGUUAAUGCUGUAACUGGUCUACAAUACUGCAGUGGUGAAUGGCUUUUCGCUACUGCAGCGGCGGAUUCAACCGUCAAAUUAUGGUCCUGUAGACAUAAGGAAAAUGUUUUGCAGUGUUUUCAAACUAUAUUGCUAAAUAGGAGUUUUUGUUUUACUUUAAAAUUAACAAGGUUAUCCAAGGCGGAACAAGUUCUUUUAGCUUUUACUACGGACGAUAGAAAUAUAGAUUUGUGGGUGAAUAGCGCCGACGUAAAACAAACUUUUCAACAUGUUCACAAACUGAAGGGACAUGAAGACUGGGUAAGAGGGUUAGAUUUUGCAAAUGUUGAAGAUGGGUUGCUGUUGGCCAGUUGUUCUCAAGACAAUUUCAUACGCUUGUGGCGUUUAAGCCCAAGGGGUGAGGAACAAGUUCUUAACAACAGGUCCGAAGUUUUUAAUGUGCUGGGUGUGGGCGAUAUGCGAAUGGAAGAGAAGAUUGUCCAGUUUGGAAAAUCUUGGUACGCCAUCAGCGUAGAGUCAGUUUUAUACGGGCACGAAGACUGGGUAUAUGGCGUUCAUUGGCAUAAAUCAAAAAAUCACGAUCUCUGCUUACUUUCUUCGUCCAUAGAUAAAACUCUAAUUAUUUGGCAGUUCAGCGAAGAAGAAGGGAUUUGGAUGGAAAAAGUUCGUUUGGGAGAAGUCGGAGGGUGCUCUUUAGGUUUUUUUGGUGGCAAAUUCUCUACCGAUGGCUGUUCUGUGCUAGGUCAUAGCUACGAAGGUGCUUUACAUAUAUGGAGCAAGUCCCCAAAUAAUGAAAACCUCUGGACUCCUCAAGUUGUAGUAGGAGGACAUUUCGAUGAUGUUAGAAAUUUAGCAUGGGAGAGGCAGGGCGAAUAUCUUCUAAGUGGUUCGGCAGAUCAGACAACGCGCAUACAUGCACCUUGGCGUCAAUCAGGGUGUAAGGAAGAAACCUGGCAUGAAUUAGCACGUCCUCAGGUGCAUGGUUAUGAUAUUCAAGCUUUAGCGUUAUUGACGCGUUAUCGAUUUGCUACCGGGGCGCAAGAAAAAAUUGUUCGAAUUUUUCAGGCUCCUUCAAACUUUGUAGAAAACUUCAAGUUUAUAAGCAAAGUAGAAAAUGAUUCAGAUGAUCUUGUGUUGGAGAGUUUACCCGAAGGCGCUUCUGUUCCUUGCCUAGGAUUAUCUAAUAAAGGUGUCUACAAUAUUAUAAGAGGGGAGUCUCUAGAAACUAGUCAUAUUAAGGAUGAAUACCCUGAAAAUUAUUUUGUUUCUCAUAGUUUCGAAACACCUCCGCAAGAAGAAACACUAAAGCAAAAUACAUUGUGGCCAGAAAUACAGAAACUUUACGGGCACGGUUAUGAAAUUUAUGCCCUAGCGGCAUCCUCAGACGGUCGCAUUUUGGCAUCGUCUUGCAAAUCCACCAAUGCUGAAAAUGCGCAAAUUAUUUUGUGGAAUACGUCCAAUUGGAAGCAAAUACAAAAACUAAGUUCUCACUAUCUUACGAUAACGCAAAUGCGCUUUUCGCCCAAUGGGAAAUAUUUACUUUCAGUCUCACGUGAUCGCCGUUGGUCUCUAUUCGAGAGGCAACCUGUGAAAGAUAAAACAAAUUCUAUUUUAUUUGUAUUAACCGCCUCUUCAGACAAGAGCAGUGGGAUGCAUACACGGGUCAUAUGGUCUUGCGAUUGGUCUCACGAUAGUCAAUAUUUUAUAACUGCUUCUCGGGACGGAAAAGCUGCAGUAUGGACAAGUAGCGCCAACGAAAUGGAAAAAUCAGUUUCGAAUGGAUGGCAUUUACAUAAUACGUUAGAGCUCAAAGCAGAGUCAAUAACAGCGGUGUCUUUUGCUGAUCAUAUGCGAGAAAAUGGGUCAUAUGUUGUGGCCUUAGGUUGUGAGAGCGGUUUUAUUUAUAUAUAUGAAUAUAAUGGUAACAAUUGGAUUUUGUUAAAAUUAUUAAGCAAAUCCCAAGCCCAUCAUCUGACAGUCAAACGCGUACAGUUUCGCCCUCAAAAGAAAGAGGCAAUAGAUUAUUAUGAAUUAGCCAGUUGUGGUGAAGAUCAUCUUGUCAGAAUAUAUGCCAUACAAUUGUAAUAGCAUUCUGUUGAGAAUCACACAACGGCCUGCUGCGGAACUAGGAUAAGAUGGUUGGCUACAUAUUAUUUGAGCAACAAAAUUUUGAUUUGAGAAAUUAUCUAUUUUGGAAAAGAGAUGUGUUAAAGUGGCCAUAGUAAAAUGAUUUGCCGAUUUCGACAGCUUCGUAAAAAGUUGAAAAAGCAAAGGGAGCAGGCACAAUAACGUGUUAUUCCUAUUUUCAGGACGGGACUUUUUUCUAACUUUUUACGAGACUUUGAGGGAAUUAUCAAACCUUUUGCUUUUUUAUGAAUGCAAAUAAGUAAAACAAAAAUAUAAAACACAUUUUAUAAUAUUAA